AUGUCCUUUACCUCAGAACAGAUCAAUUCGGAAAAGAACGGCCUAAUAAUAGACUCCCAACUUCAUACGGAAUUCGGUCAAUUCAGACUUAUUUUUGAAGCAACCGGAGUUGCUCACCAAUAUCGCAUCAAGACCUUUCCAGAUACCGCCACAGGGCCAAUACGAAAUUUACCUAAAAGUCGGCUUGUCAAGUUCAGAGUUCACAAAGGAAGUUGGGAACUUCCAGAUCCUAAACUUCUCGAAAUCCACGCUCGUAUUGGAAACUUUCUACAUAUGAGUGGCCAGGCGGAGAUAAUCGACAAGGUCCUGAAAGAUUUUGAAGACUGUGGUGGGCUUGCCCCGAGUGGAAGCACCAACAUCGAAGACCUUCUUGCAGUGAGCGGCCUCUCACUGCUACCCCCGAAUAUCGACGAAAUGUCCGAUUCUCAAAAGUCUACAGAGAAGCAACAUCCUACGGAGAAGCAAGAACGCCUAGAGGCGAAAUUCUCUGACACUGAGAAUAAACCAUGGGCAUACUAA